UUGUCCAUACACCCCUCUCCUCCUCCUCCUCCUCCUCCUCCUCCUCCUCUAUUACAAUCCUAACAAGUAGACCAAAACCAUAAAUGGAGGAGCUAUGGCGAGACAUCGCCCUCUCCGCCGUCACCGCCGCCACUGCCUCCACCUCUCUCGAUCUCGGCACGUCGAAUCCGAGCUGCGACGACGCGAGCCUGCAAGACUUCCUCGCCGGCCCGCUGAACCGCCCGCUCGUCUUGCCGCCGCCGACGCCGCUGCCGCCGUCUCCCGCCGAAGGGCUCGGCCUCUGCCUGAACUCCGCGCCGGCAGACUUCAACGACACUAACGCCAGCAUGACGGCUGCUGCGCCACCGCACGCCCCGCAAUUCGAUGCGUAUUUCUGCCCCGCCAACAGCAGCUCCGGCUUCAGUAGUACCGGCGGUAGUAGUACCAGAGACCACCGGCACAAGCGCAUGAUCAAGAACCGGGAGUCGGCCGCACGCUCCCGCGCCCGGAAACAGGCUUAUACCAACGAGCUCGAGAUCGAGGUCGCCCAUUUGCUCGAGGAGAACGCCAAGCUCAAGAAACAAUAUGAGGAGCUUGCAGUGGCAGCUGCUCAACUCCUACAAAAACACUCACCAAAGAAGCUCCUCAUCACCAUUUUGAGAAAGUGUAAGGUAUAAGUUGUGAAGAGCACAAAAGAGGGGCACAAAAUGAAACUCUUCUUUCACAAAAGUAGAAAAGAGGUAUUUUAGGCUAUGUUGUUGCAAUAUAAAUAUAUAAGUGGUAUAUAUAUUACCCAAUUUAGUUAGUUUUUUUUUCUUUCUUUUUCUUUUUAUUUUCAGUGGAACAUAUAUAUUGACUAUAUUUUGCAA